GAACGUGGAGGCGGCGCCAUGGUUCGACGUGCGGUGGCCCGGCGCUCUGCCGCGCCCGGCGACCUCCUCGGAUGCCUCACGGCCAAAGCAGCCCUGCAGCUUGGAUUCCAGCAGGUGACUGUGGCGUGGUCGCCGUCGCCAGCCCACGAGGAUGCGACAUGGCCCCUGGAGGUCACCUUCGAUGGCGGCUCGCGGCGGUUCGACGGCGAGGAAGCGAGCGGAGCGGGCGCCAUCCUCUGGCGCCACCGCCUCGCCGGAGGCGCCCCUACCAGAGUGGCGGAGGUGGUAGUGGCACUUCCAGCCGGACCUGGCUCGCAACCCGCGGAGGCCGUCGGAUGUCGCCACGGCCUCGGCCUGCUGCGGGGCCUGGCCUUGCCCUUCCGCCGCGCCCGCGUGGCCGGCGACAACACGGCGGCGAUCCGCUACGGCGCCGGCACUGGCCGGUUUCGGCGGCUGGAGCUCCAGGCCGAGAUCGAGGAGGGCUUGGCGCCUCUUGCGGCCGAGGGCUGGGUUCUCGAGUUCCAGGCCGUCCGCCGCAGACUCAACAGCGGCGCCGACGCCCUCGCCACGGAGGGCGUCGAGUGGGCCGCGGAGCUCCGCGCGCAGGGCGACUUGCGGGUGCAGUCGCGCACCAGGUGGCUGUAG